AUGUUUUUACUCGGCGUGAUGGGUCGCUUACUGGUAGACGCGUUUGACUUCAGUUGUUGCUACGCGCUCGUGCUGGCGCCCACGCGCGAGCUUUGUUUGCAAAUCAGCUCGGUUGCCGAAGCACUGUCUGCAGGUACGCGAAUCACGGUUGCUGCCGCGGUCGGCGGCAUGUCGGUGAAGAAGCAGCUGCGCUUGCUGAGGAAAACGCCAAGCAUUUUCAUCGGCUCGGUGGGCCGUGUGCAGCAUCUUUUGAGCGACCCUGAGGUGGCCGAGCAGGUCGAUAAGACGCGGCUCACGCAGCUGGAGCAAUUCGAAAGCAGCGUGCGGAGCGCUGUGCUGUUUUGCACCGACGUGGCAGCGCGCGGUAUAGACUUUAAUCAAACUGAGCAGCAACUUGAGCAGCAAACUGAGCUGCAAGCUGAGCAGCAAAUCAAGCUGCAAGCUGAGCAGCAAAUCAAGCUGCAAGCUGAGCAGAAAAUUGAGACGCAAGUCGAAUCGCGCUACAAGCCGGGCGCAAAGCCGGGCGCAAAGCCGGGCGCGAAGUCGGGCGCGGAACCGGCGCAUUGCGAGCGGCGCCGCGCUGGCCUGCGGCGUACGGCGAAGUUGGCGCCGUUCCAGUGGAGCGCUAGCUGA